UAUAUAAUUAUCAACGUAUUGAGACAGUAUUGCAGUUCACAUUAGAGAGAGAGGGAGACGGAGAGAGGGGUUACUAAACAGGGCAAGAAUUUUAAAGAAAAAAAUGCUGAUGUCUUCGGAGGAGAAUGGUCACCCACAGUCCAGCCAGGACACGGACAGACAUACUGUACCGAUAGGAUCUACCGGCCUCUCUAUCAACCUCACGUACGUCAAAAGUCUCCUAGGUAUCUUUGAAGCAGCCAUGAUAAUCCUUUCGCUCAUCUGCUUGAUAUGUGCGGGAGCUGGGGCUAAUUUAGCCUGUGAUUACUCCUACGGGUCAAAUUAUGGAUUCUAUGAAUUUGUGGCAGGCACUGUGUUCUUAACCGACUUCAUCAACUACUUAAUAUUUGCCAUUAGCAUUGACGAAAAAUGGUGUUUAAGAUUGGUGCCCUGGCUCGUUUGGCAUUUUGUCGUGGGUGUGAUCUUCACGUUUUUGUUUUUCGUUGCGUCCAUUGUGAUGGUUUCCCAUAUCUGUGGACGAGGAGGGUACGCAGCGGCAGCGGUAUUUGGUUUUAUAGCCACUAUAGUGUCGGGGGUUGACACCUUCUUCUGUUUACUUUCUCUCCGUCGGGACCAUUCUCCCACCGACAACAAGUUCCUCAACAUUCUGGGGGUCCCUCAUUCGAGCAGCGCGUCCCCCCAAAGUCCACAGUACGACUCUGAGAGUGUUCCAGAAUCUUCCAAGUAUUGAGAGGAGGUUGUUUAUUCUAGUAUAUGUUGAGCAAGAAACCAAUGAAAAAAAACUUUCUGUCGGUGGUUGUGUAAGAAAGAGCCUAUGUUUUGAGGAUCGCUGUUGUCAAACUAUAGCAUAAGAUGUGAAUGAAUUGGUAUUUCGGGUAUUAUUAUGAUGUGACUACGGUUGAUAUGUAUAUCUGUUUGAGUAGAUUUUAUAACAGGAACAUUUUUUGGUUGAAGUAAGAUGAAAAAGAAAGCCCCGACUUAAUUGGCAGUAAUUUGUAAAUUUUUAUAUAAAUUGAAGUAAUACUCAUAUAUCUUUAUCAAUCAUGUCCAUAAUUGUGAAAUAUAAGAUUGCCAAAAACCAUUUUUUGGAUAAUUCACAGAGAAAUAAACAAUUUUUAAUCAGGAAAAAAGUAUGAUAUUUUACCCCACUUUCAACUCAUACUCAAGAGCCUCUCAUCUAUCGUCAUUAUGUCUGUUUUGUUGACAUGAAUUACAUGUAUCUCUGACAGGA